AUGAACACACAUGCAGAUGAAGACACAGGCCAGUCCACCAAGUACUAUUUUGCCUAUGGAAGCAACCUCCAUCUGCAGCAGAUGAAAAAAAGAUGUCCUGGAAGCAAGUUCAUCGGCUCUGCAAAGCUUGUAGACUACAGAUGGCAGAUCAAUGAGCGCGGAUACGCCAAUGUCACUGAGGCCCAAGGGCACUGGGUUGAAGGCUUGGUCUAUGAGAUCAAUUCCCGCGACGAGGCUCGUCUCGAUGUCAAUGAAGGCGUUUCCAAGGACGCGUACAGAAAACAGUACAUGUCAGUCUUGCUAAGGCGUGCUGAUUCUGCAUUGUACCGCCGGCCUGUGCCUUGGAUCGUGAACAAUGGCGGUCCAGACCAGGCGAGAAUUGUAGCUCAGCAAAGCAUCGGGCAGGGCAGACUCAUGGUCCACAAGCCUCAUUUGGAACACAACAUACUGGUAUAUAUCAGCCCAAGAUAUAUCGUCGACAGUGAUCCCAAGGAAGAAUACAUCGACCGAAUCAAUAUGGGAAUUGCCGACGCCAGAGCGCUGGGGCCAAAAGUUGUGAAAAAGGCUCCCGCUCCCGCUCCUACUCCUUCACCAGCCAAAAAAGCCAAGCAACCUGCCCUCGAGAUCAAGCGCGCAGCUACACCUAGAGACAGAGACCCGUCGCCAAACAAGACAACUAGCCCAAGACCCCCACAGCAGCAACAACAACCUCAGUCCCCAGGGCCUUACAAUCAGCGUUUCCCGAGAAAUUCUGCACCCGGCGGUCUUGACCGGCCUAUGCGACCUUCGCAGUCACGCUCUCAUGCAUCACCAGCACCACCACUCCCCCAACGGCCAGCCUACCCCGGAGUUACUCUGCGGGUCCCUACUUCAAACCGGCCACGGCCUGUGUCAGAUGUUGGCGCGCCGGCGGCUCCUUUGCCUCCCUUGCCUCCUAGGCCUCGCCGAGUACGGAGCAUACCAGUCAUUGUUGUGCAGGAAAGUUAUAGUGGUUACUGGUAUCGAUAA